AUGCUGACAUUACCAACAUACGAUAUGGGCGAUUAUAACCCACACGGUAUUCCGAAUAAAGUCAACUAUAAUCCGUCGUCACAAGAAACUAAAAAAUUUCUGGAUGUUGAAGUUUACGAAAACAUAAAAAUAGUUAAUUUUGAACCCGAAGAAAAGUUUUUAGCAUAUUUUACUCAUAGUGGAUAUCAUAAUCAAAGGAUUGCACUUGAGAACGCAUUAUUAUUGUCAAAAUUAUUAAAUCGAACAUUACUUAUGCCUCCAGCUUUACUUGGACCACCAAUUCCUUGGGUUAGAUUUGAUAAAAUGUACGAAAGGUUAUUUUUAUCUACAAAGAAUGGAUUGGAUCAUUGUAUAGAAAUACCAAAAGAAUAUCCAUUACCGGCCGAAUGUCUUGAUUAUUACACAUAUACAUCAGUUUCUUGGGACUUUUUAUUGGAUAUGAAACCAAUUAGACAAUGGAAUAAAAUAAUCAAUCGAAUUGAUCAUUCUUUUGAAUGGCUUGAAAGUAACCUUGUCGAGGAAUUAAAUAAAAUUGAUAAAAAAGUAAUUCAUUUGGGAUCAUUAUUUGGAUCAUAUCGAGUGGCACCUGAAUUACCUACUAGCGAAAAAAAUAUGAAAUUUAUUAGACAUCAUCUCGUACCACAUAAUUCAUUUAUACAAAAAGCUGCCGAACGAGUAGUUGAACAAUUGGGCGGAGAACAUAAUUUUAUUGGACUUCAUAUACGUGUUUCGGAUGGGUUUUUUAUGAAAACUGCUCGUAAAAAUAUUGAUUUAAUGUAUCAUACCAUUAUUAACAAAUAUACAAAUCUUACACCUGAAGAAGUUGAUAAAUUAGAGGGUGGUACUCAUGAUCAAGAUAUAUUAGACGACGAUAGUGUAGAUUUAGGCGAUGAAAAUCCAUAUAAUAAAAUGACAAACAUAACGAAGAGAGACGGAAAUCAAAUGGUGGGAUCAGGAGGAUUUAACCGUAAAAGGGCUUAUAUGCCAGAACUUUCAAACAAGAUAAAUGGAUUUUCAAACAAAGUUAAUUGUAAAAGUUCACUUCAUCCAACUGAUCAAGGUGUUAAUACCGUUAUAUUUAUAGCCACUGAUGCAGCGUCUCCUAGAAACAAUCCUUUAUUAUUUAAAUUUUUUAACACUUUUCCUUGUGUAUUUGUUUUAGAUGAUUUUGGACAAGAUUUAAUUGAUAUAAAAUACGUUAGAAAUGCUCAAGAUAAAACCCCUUUAGCAAAAUAUCUUAUUCCUAUGUUGGAUUCUAUGAUCUCUGCUAAAGGUUUUCAAUUUAUUGGUACUCCUAAAUCUACUUUUAGUAAAUAUAUUGAGACAACUUUAUUUCCUAUUUACGCUGGAAAAGAAUUAGAGAUUAGAAUUACGACAACUUAG